CCCACACCUUCCCACUCCUUUCUCGCCCUCACAGCGCGGAUGAUGCGGCUGUACAUUUCCACGUUCCACAGGCUUAAAGGGAAAUUCUAAUUACGGCAGCUGCACACAACACAGUUCUCUCGCUUUCGCCUGUGAGGCUUCGAGUAUGCCUGCCUCAGAUAUUUGAUGUGAUUUGCGCUUUCUGGGUUUCUUAUCAGACGCGUACGGGCGACUGAAUAUCAACAGCAGCGACACCAGUAUAUUGGAAGUGGAAGGUAAAGCAUGGACCUCUAGGGCUCUAUCGUUGAGUGGCUGAUAAAACUCACAAUGGGACGAGUGAAACUUUAUUUCUUCCACUGCAUAUUUCUCUUCUCGGUGUGGAGCUUGGCGCUUGACUCCCUCCACGUCAACUUCCUGGAUGAGCUGAAACUCGGGGAGUCCUAUGCCGGAGUUUUACAAGUCGACGGUUUAAACAACGGAAGCAAAGCCUUCCUGUUCCAGGACUCCUGGAGAAAUGUACGUGCUCAGGGGGGCGUGGCUGCACAGAUCGUGGCCAAGCUGAGACAGAGGUCAGAGUUCAGUGUGCUGGUCACCUUCAAGCAAGACACACUCAACUCUGGAGUCCUCCUCUCCAUACACAACGGAGUGCAGAAGUACCUGGAGCUGGAGGCCAGUGGGCAGAGGAGUGAGAUCCGUCUUCACUACCUCACCCACGACCAGCAGGCCCGCACUGAAACCUUCCCCUACGCACUGGCAGCGGGCCGCUGGCACAAGCUGUCCCUGGCAGUCAGCGCCACUCACUUGGUGCUGCACGUCGACUGCAACAGGAUCUAUGAGAGGACUAUCGAGGCCCUGUCUGUGGACAUCCCUUCUGGGAGCUCUGUCUGGAUAGGACAGAGGAACAAGGCCCAUGGGUACUUCAAGGGUAUAAUGCAGGACGUCAUGUUGAUGGUCUCCCCUCAGGGAUACCUUUCCCAGUGUCCAGACCUUAACAGCACUUGCCCAACCUGUAAUGACUUCCACGGCCUGGUCCAGAGGAUCAUGGAGCUGCAAGAUGUGCUUGCCAAGACCACCAGCAAGCUGUCCCAUGCGGAGGAGAAGAUGCGUGGUCUGGACGGAUGCUACUGUGAGAAGAGCUGCACCCGCAGCGGGGUUCUCUACAGGGAGGACGAGGGCUGGACAGAUGGAUGCACCAACUGCUCCUGCUCGAAUGGGACUGUCCAGUGUGAGCCCAUCUCCUGCCCCCCUCCCGAGUGUCCUCCAGACUCCGCCCCCUCCUACGUCCCCGGUGCCUGCUGCAAGGAGUGCCAGCCUGUGUGUCUGUUCAGAGGCAGGGUCUACGUCGAAGGGGAUAGAAGGAGUGUGCGAGACUCUGCAGGAAACUGCUUGCUGUUUGAGUGCAGGGCUCGUUCCAUGAGGAGAGUGGAAGAAGCCCCCUGUCCAGAGCUGGACUGUCCAGAAUCUGAGCAGAUCACCCUGACCGACAGGUGCUGCAAGGUCUGCAGAGGUCAUGACUUCUGCGGGGAGGGCCGCAGCAGCAUCUGUGUGGAGAACUCUGAGUGUGUGAACCUGGAGGCUGGAGCCUGCUGCAGCUGUAACAACGGCUACCGCACCCUCAGGGAUGACAGCGCCUACUGCCAUGAUAUCGAUGAGUGUGCGGAGGGGAAGCACUACUGCAGGGAGAACACAAUGUGUGCUAACACCCCUGGGUCCUUCAUGUGCAUCUGCCUGGCCGGGUACAUCCGCAUUGACGACUACUCCUGCACAGAGCGGGAUGAGUGUGAGGGCGGCCUCCACAGCUGUGAUGAAAAUGCCAUCUGUUUCAACACUGUGGGGGGCCACAGCUGCACCUGCAAACCUGGCUACCACGGCAACGGAACUGUCUGCACAGCGUUGUGUGAAGGUUUGUGUCAGAACGGAGGGUCCUGUGUGUCGCUGGACUCCUGCUCCUGCCAGCUGGGCUUCACUGGGAGGAGGUGUGAGACAGACAUUGAUGAGUGUGUGGAGGGGUUCGUUGAGUGUGACAGCAGAGCUACCUGUGUCAACUUGCCCGGCUGGUACCACUGUGAAUGUCGCGAUGGCUACCAUGACAACGGAAUGUUCUCAACCAAUGGGGACUCCUGUGAAGACAUCGACGAGUGUGACACAGGCCGACACAACUGUGCCAACGACACCGUGUGCUUUAACGUGGAAGGAGGCUACGACUGUCACUGCCCGCACGGCCGGAACUGCUCCGGGGACUGUCACCACGACGACAAGGUCAAACACAACGGUCAGAUCUGGGUGCUGGAGGAGGACAGGUGCUCCGUCUGUUCCUGUCAGGCUGGCCAUGUGCUGUGCAGGAGGAUGGUGUGUGACUGUGACAGCCCCUCUGCUGACCUGCUGUGCUGCCCGGAGUGUGACCCGCGCCUCAGCCCUCACUGUGUCCAGCAGAACGGCCUGCUCACCUACAGCAACGGGGACACCUGGGUGGACCACUGCCAGCAGUGCCAGUGCAUGCAAGGCCAGGUGGACUGUUGGUCCGUGCCCUGCGAGCCCGUCGGGGGCUGUGACCUGGUGCUUGAGGGGGAGUGCUGCCCACGCUGUGUCUCCGACCCCUGCCAGGCCGACGCCCUCAACGACAUCACCACCUCCUGUGUGGACGAGAGCGGGCUGGCGCGCUACAGCGGCGCCGCCUGGACCAAACACGGCUCCGAGUGCACGCUCUGUCAGUGCAAGAACGGACACGUGUGCUGCUCUGUGGACCCCCUGUGCCUUUAGCCUCCCUAAGAACAGACAAAACAACCCUCCCAAUUACCCCCCACCUCUCCUACCCCUCAGCCCUCUCCCGCAGCAACACGUUUCUAUCCAAUCUCCUCCCAUCAACAGAGCAGUGAAUGGCUGCAACCCCGAGACAAGAUUCUCUUCA